AUGCGGCGGAAGCGGGGUUCAGACGGCGGAAGGAGUGGUGCUGCUGCUGCUUCGCGUGCUCACCCUCCCCCCAAAUCCCCCGCCUUCCACACCUUCCACCUUCCCCCCCUCCCCCCUUUUCCCCCCAACCCCUCUACUUCUCCUCUCUUCUCCCGUUCCCACUCUUCUCCUCCAUGCCCCUUCUAUCAAUGCAUAUCAUUCCGCACCGUGCUCGCGUGCGCCAAUGAACCGCAUGCACAUCACGGCCACCUCUCGCACGUCCCUUUCACGCUCCUCUCCUCCCCUCUCCCCUCUGUCCCCCGUCUCCAUCUCGCAUGCCCCUUGCGUCUCUACUUCUCCUCCCGCCCCCACCCCCCUGUCUCUCGCCUCUCCGCUCGUUCCUCGCCCAUCGCCCCCUCGCCCUCCGUCACCCCCCUCAACCCCUCAACACCCCCGCUGCUCUACACCCACCUGCCCGCGCUGGUGUGGCAGGACCCGUGGCUGCAGGAGGCGACAGGAUCGGAGCCGCUGAGCCUAGAGGAGGAGUACAGCAUGCAGCAGCGCUGGCGAGACGACAGCGACAAGUGCACCUUCAUACUGCUAGACCGUUCACACAUACCGGUCCUAGCCAACACCUCCGGGGAGCUGCCUGGAGCUACCACGGGCCCAUCUUUGGGUGCACCACCAGAGACAGCAGCAGCAGCGGCAGCAGCGGCAGUAGAAGGCGCGGCAGCAGCAGAGGGCGACGCAGUAGGCUGCCUUCGCCACUCGCCCUCCCACCUUGACGGCAUGUGUGGCGACGUGAACCUCUUCCUCAACGACCCUGACCAUCCCACGGCUGCUGAGGUGGAGGUCAUGAUUGCCGACCCCACGUGUCGAGGGCGGGGCUUGGGAAGGGAGGCUUUGCAGCUGAUGCUGGCAUACGCGGCGUGGCACCUGCACGUCACCACGUUCCGUGCCAAGAUCAACGACUCCAAUGCGCCCUCCCUCGCACUCUUCCGCUCCCUCGGCUUUGUGCAGACAGGGCAUAGCCAGGUGUUUCAGCAGACAUCGUUUGAGCUUGCAGUUCACUCUCCAUCAAUGGCUGUCAUUCAAGAUCUCGUCAUGCCCUUGCACAUUCUGAAAGCUGUUUCUAUGGCGUCGCGUAGGGAAGAGCUGAAGACAGGCCCCCAACUUGGCCAAACGCAGGAGCAGGCUGAGAGGGCGCAUGAGAAGAUUGUGGAGGGGGGGAAGAAGGGUGGUGAAGCGCGCAAGGCUCAGAUGACACACGAGGACUACGUGGAGAUGGGUCGGAAGGGCGGAAAGGCGCGGGCGGAACAGGCAUACGAAGGAGCGCAGUUCGCGGGGCACCCCGAAGGAGCCCUCCGUGAUGUGCCAGAGAAGCCAAUUCAUGACUGA